GAAAAGAUGGCAGCCCUGCUGUUACCAACGGGUCCUGAUGGCUUGCGGCGGUUCACUCGCGAAUCCUUGGCUGCCAUGGAGCAGCGGAUUGCGGCGGAGCAGGCCAGGAACACCAAGGUUUGCCAGGAGACUCACAGGAACGCAGAGCCACUCAAACCCAGGGCCGACCUGGAGGCAGGCAAGCAGCUGCCACGCAUCUUCGGUGACAUCCCUCCAGAACUUAUCGGGGUGCCACUGGAAGACAUUGAUCCGUUUUACUACAAGAACCAGAGGACUUUUAUAGUACUUAACAAAGGGAAGGCCAUCUUCAGAUUCAGUGCCACAUCUGCAGUUUACAUAUUUACUCCAUUUCACUUCAUCAGAUCAAUUGCCAUAAAAAUUUUGGUCCAUUCAUUGUUUAGCCUGUUCAUAAUGUUCACUAUACUGACCAACUGUUGCUUCAUGGCCAUGUCCGACCCGGCACCAUGGACCAAGUACCUGGAGUAUACGUUCACUGCCAUUUACACCUUUGAGUCAGCGAUAAAGAUAUUAGCGAGAGGAUUCUGCAUGUUGCCGUUUACCUUCCUGAGAGACCCAUGGAACUGGCUGGACUUCACCGUCAUUGUCAUGGCAUAUUUGACAGAAUUUGUAGAUCUUGGAAACGUCUCUGCAUUGAGGACCUUCAGAGUUCUACGAGCUCUGAAAACCAUCUCAGUUAUCCCAGGUCUCAAGACCAUCGUUGGUGCCCUGAUCCAGUCCGUGAGGAAGCUGGCAGAUGUGAUGAUCCUAACCGUCUUCUGUCUCAGCGUGUUCGCCCUCAUCGGCCUGCAGCUCUUCAUGGGGCUCUUGCGACAAAAAUGCGUCCGCAGUCUUGCACACUGCGUCAACUCCUCCUACAGCGCCAACGCCUCCUUUAUCUGUAACAACAGAACCUGGAGCUCCAGGGCAGACUUCCUCAGCAGUGAAGAUAAUUUCUACAAAGUUGAAGGAGCAAAGGAUGCCUUAAUAUGUGGAUAUGGAAGUGAUGCAGGGAAGUGUCCUGAAGGAUUUGACUGCCUAAAAGUAGGAAGAAAUCCAAACUAUGGCUAUACCAGUUUCGAUACUUUCGGCUGGGCUUUUCUGGCACUGUUCCGACUCAUGACGCAAGACUACUGGGAAAAACUCUUCCAUCAGACCCUGCGCUCAGCAGGGAAGACCUAUAUGGUUUUCUUUGUGCUGGUAAUCUUUCUGGGCUCCUUCUACCUGGUCAACCUGAUCCUGGCCGUGGUGGCGAUGGCCUACGAGGAGCAGAAUCAGGCAACCAUCGCUGAGGCCUGGCAGAAAGAGAGAGAGUUUCAGCUGGCAAUGGAGCACCUGCGACGAGAGCAAAGAUUGGCGAGGAGACAAGCCCAGGAGACAGACUCAGUGUUGUCCCCAGAGCUGUCUCCAUUCUUACUGAAAACAGGAAGUAUACGACGAAACAGCAGCAGAAGAAGAAGAUCUCACCGGACCUUGUCUGAGGAAACAGAGGAGGAAGCUGCAGAGGAGAAGUUUGAACCAAUGGACGAGCUAAUGCCACCUCUGUCUCCCUUGCCUGUCCACCCUCUGCUGGCAACUCUCUCAUCUCACCCCCUCAGCACGAGGAGAGGAAGCCAGAUCAGCAUGUUUAGCACCUUCCGGGCACGCAACAACUCGGAGGCCGACUUUGGGGACGACGAGUAUAGCAUUCAUGGGGACGCCUUCAGGAGUCGUGCCAGUUCAACAGCAACACCCUGGAAGAGGAGAACUGGAAGUGUGAGGAGUCACUGCUCACAAGUCUUCACCCCGAGCCUCACUGUCAAUGGUCGUCUCAACAUUUCCCUGGAUCAAAAUGGAGUCACUACUGUGGGCUUGCACACUCCCACUUCCAUCCCUGCGUACAGCAUGGAGAGGGUCAGAGAAGACACAAAAUCCAGCAAUGCAGAGGACCCAGUUCCCAGACCUCCCCUCCAGCCUUCUCCAACAGUGACCGAGCCUCCUCCAGUGCACAGGAAAAGAGGCCUGAGCUCUGUCAGUUUCUUCAGUGAUGCCAUGGAUGAGCUGGAGGUGUCGAGGCAGAAGUGCCAUCCCUGCUGGUUAAAGUUCGCCAAGAAAUACCUGAUAUGGGACUGCUGCUCCUGGUGGCUGAAGAUGAAGGAGUGGGUGAAGUUCAUGGUGAUGGAUCCUUUCCUGGAUCUAGGCAUCACCAUAUGCAUUGUGCUGAACACCCUCUUCAUGGCCUUGGAGCACUACCCCAUGACUGAAGAGUUCAACACCAUGCUCUCAGUGGGCAAUCUGGUGUUUACAGGGAUCUUUACAGCAGAGAUGGUGCUGAAGCUGAUCGCCAUGGACCCUUACUACUACUUCCAACAGGGCUGGAACAUCUUUGAUGGCGUCAUCGUUUGCCUCAGUCUGAUGGAGCUGGGUCUUUCCAAUGUGGAGGGGCUGUCUGUCCUCAGAUCCUUUAGACUGUUACGAGUCUUUAAACUGGCGAAGUCCUGGCCAACUCUCAACACUCUAAUCAAGAUCAUCGGCAACUCUGUGGGCGCCCUGGGAAACUUGACGUUGGUGUUGGCCAUCAUCGUCUUCAUCUUCGCCGUGGUUGGCAUGCAGCUGUUCGGCAAAAACUAUCAGGAUUUUGUGUGCAAAAUCUCCAUCGACUGUCAGCUGCCUCGCUGGCACAUGAAAGACUUCUUCCACUCGUUCCUGAUCGUGUUCCGGGUUCUUUGUGGCGAGUGGAUCGAGACCAUGUGGGAUUGUAUGGAAGUGGCGGGGCAGCCCCUGUGCAUUCUGGUCUUCAUGUUGGUCAUGGUCAUUGGGAACUUGGUGGUGCUGAAUCUCUUUCUGGCCUUGCUGCUCAGCUCCUUCAGCUCCGACAACCUCUCUGCUCCUGACGAAGAUGGCGAUUUGAACAACAUCCAGAUCGCUAUCGCCCGUAUCCAUUCAGGCGUCUCCUGGCUGAUCACGUGCGUUGCCAGUCACCGUAACUCGAAGCGUGACAAGCAGAAGGCUAAGGAAGCCAGUCAGGCCAUCAAGCUGGUUGGCAAUCACGUGGAGAGCAAUGGUGGAAUUUUUGUAUGCUAUGGAGAGAAAUAUAUCAUCCCAGAGGAGGACAACUACAUGACCAACCCUAACCUGACUGUCAUUGUUCCCAUCGCACCUGGAGAGUCAGAUGUGGAGUUUCUCGAAGAGGAGGAGAUUUCUGAGUCGUCAGAGGAUGAAGACAACAAACCGGAGAUGGUCAGCCUGUCAGAAGGCAGCACAGUGGACCUGAGGAAGCCUGGAGAAGAGAUAGACAACAUAUCAGAGCUCGCUGAGGAGAGCAUGGAGCCAGAGGAGUGCUUCCCUGAAUUGUGCAUGAGGCACUGUCAGUGCUGUGAGAUCGACACCAGUCGCGGUCUUGGCGAGGCCUGGUGGAGGCUGAGAAAGACCUGCUACCAGAUCGUGGAACACAGCUGGUUUGAGACCUUCAUCAUCUUCAUGAUCCUGCUCAGCAGCGGAGCUUUGGCAUUCGAGGACAUCUACAUCGAGAAGAGAAAAGUCGUGAAAGUGGUGCUUGAGUACGCUGACAAAGUAUUCUCCUACAUCUUUGUGCUGGAGAUGUUCCUCAAAUGGAUCGCUUACGGCUUCAAGAAAUAUUUCACCAACUAUUGGUGCUGGCUCGACUUUCUUAUCGUGGACGUGUCCUUGAUAAGCCUGGUGGCAAACUCACUGGGAUAUUCCGACUUCACUGCCAUCAAGUCCCUGAGGACCCUCCGGGCUCUGAGGCCUCUCAGAGCUCUGUCCCGAUUCGAGGGCAUGAGGGUCGUGGUGAACGCUCUUAUCGGAGCCAUCCCCUCCAUCAUGAACGUGCUGCUCGUGUGUCUCAUCUUCUGGCUCAUCUUCAGCAUCAUGGGAGUCAACUUGUUCGCUGGCAAGUUCGGCAAAUGCGUGAACAGAACAGGAUUCAUUCACAGUAUCACCUUGGUGAACAACAAGUCUGAGUGCCUCGGCAUGAACGACACCCAGUUCUACUGGACUAAAGUGAAGGUCAACUUCGACAAUGUGGGACUCGGGUACCUGUCCCUGCUGCAAGUGGCUACGUUUAAAGGAUGGAUGGAGAUAAUGCAUGCAGCUGUUGACUCAAGAGGAGUGGAGGAGCAGCCCAUCAGAGAAAUCAACCUCUACAUGUACCUGUACUUUGUCGUCUUCAUCAUAUUCGGCUCCUUCUUCACCCUCAAUCUCUUCAUUGGUGUCAUCAUUGACAAUUUCAAUCAGCAGAAAAGAAAGAUGAGUGGACAGGAUAUCUUCAUGACUGAAGAACAGAAAAAGUACUAUAACGCCAUGAAGAAGUUGGGAUCAAAAAAGCCACAAAAGCCCAUACCAAGGCCUGCGAAUAUUAUCCAAGCCUUCUUCUUCGAUCUCGUGUCCAAGCAAGCCUUUGACAUCAUCAUCAUGAUGCUCAUCAUCGUCAACAUGGUGACCAUGAUGGUGGAAACAGAUGAGCAGUCCGAGCGCAUGGAGUCAAUCCUCAACAAGAUCAACCUGAUCUUCAUUGUGAUCUUCACCACCGAAUGCCUGAUCAAGAUCUUUGCCCUCCGUUGUUAUUUCUUCACAGUUGCAUGGAACAUCUUUGACUUUGUGGUUAUCAUUCUCUCUAUUGUCGGGAUUGUUCUUGCAGACAUCAUUGAGAAGUACUUUGUAUCUCCGACCCUGUUUCGAGUCAUCAGACUGGCGAGGAUAGGACGCGUACUUCGACUUAUACGUGCAGCCAAAGGAAUACGAACUUUACUGUUUGCCUUAAUGAUGUCCAUGCCAGCACUGUUUAACAUUGGCCUCCUGCUUUUCCUCGUCAUGUUCAUCUAUGCUAUCUUUGGAAUGGCAAACUUUGCCUAUGUGAAAAAACAAGAUGGGGUCGACGACAUGUUUAACUUUGAGACUUUUGGAAAUAGCAUGAUCUGCCUUUUUCAGAUCAGCACCUCUGCAGGCUGGGACAACCUCCUGAGUCCAAUCAUGUCCAACUCGCCAGACGAGUGUGACGUUAAUUUUGUCAACACCGGUACCAACACCCGGGGAAACUGUGGCAGCCCGUCAGUGGGCAUUGCUUUCUUUGUCAGUUACAUUAUCAUUUCUUUCCUCAUUGUGGUAAAUAUGUACAUAGCUAUCAUUCUGGAGAACUUCAGUGUUGCCACAGAGGAAAGCACAGAGCCGCUGAGCGAGGAUGACUUUGAGAUGUUUUAUGAGGUUUGGGAGAAGUUUGAUUCUGAGGCGACACAGUUCAUUGAGUUUUCGAUGCUGUCAAGCUUUGCUGACAAUUUGUCUGAGCCGCUGCGCAUCGCCAAGCCCAACAGGAUCAAGUUGAUCUCCAUGGACCUUCCCAUGGUCAGCGGGGACAGGAUCCACUGCCUGGACAUCCUGUUUGCCUUCACGAAGCGCGUCCUCGGCGAGUCGGGCGAGAUGGACGCGCUCAAGCAGCAAAUGGAGGAGAAAUUCAUGGUGACUAACCCCUCUAAGGUUUCCCACGAGCCCAUCACCUCCACGCUGCGCCGCAAGCUGGAGGAGGUGUCCGUGAUCAUCAUCCAGAGGUGUUACAGGAGGCACCUGGUCCGCCGGCAGAUGAAACAGGCAUCCUACCUCUACAGACAAAUAAACCACGAGACCGUGGUGGAUGUGGAGAACGCUCCAGAGACAGAGGGGCUGAUAGCCUCCAUGAUACAGCACUAUGGGCUUGUGGGGGUGGAGACUGUACAGACCACAGAGGACACUCUAUUGUCCUCACCACCAUCGUAUGACAGCGUGACCAGGGCAGCCAGCGACCUCUCGGAGGUCAGAUCAAUAUCCAGAGACUCUGAACUUGGGGAGCCUGGUGAAAACUAUGAAGAAACCUUUCUUUGAGACUCGACUGUGUGGAGAGUGAUAGUGUGGUUUUUGUCUGUUUUGUUUACAGCAGAGAAUAUAACUAAAAAUAUGUCGUGGUCAAAGAGAUAACAUUUUAUAUACACAUAUAUUUAUAUUAGCAGAUGCCGAGGAAAUAGGCUUUAUUUUUAAGUAACUCGCAGCCUCUGUUUAAACUGAACAACCCACAAUCACAGUUACUACCUUCAUCCAUUAGAGGAGAACAGCUCCGUCCUCACUCACCAGAAAAUAAAGAAAUCGAUGCUCUCUGUUUUUAAUGUCUACCUAUAUAAUACAUGAAUAACACAGGGGAUUACAGUUGUUACCUGCAUAUGGCGGUUUUUUCCUCUCUUUAUUCAAGAGUGUGGUCAGUAGGACUUUUUGAUUUCAUGUUCAGAUUUUGUUAUACUUU